UGCAACUCUACCACUAGCAAGUACCAAGCCCCACUGGUUGCUAAGUCAUAAAGAGAAGCAUUUCUUCUCCUAAUUACUUCUACUCUCUUCACUUCAUUUGUCCAUAUUUAUACACCAUAUAUCUUUCACAACAACCUCAAAAACUUUGUCCCUACUUCUUCCACAUCCCCAAAACAAAGGAAAUAUACAACAAAAUACACAAGGAUAUGAACUACAAGAAAUUAGGAGGCAGCAGGAAGAUGAUCAGAGGAUUUAUGUGCCAGCCUGAAGUGGCAACUGCAGUGUGCAUGAGCUGUGAUUCAAGGUCGGUUGUCGUGCCGGCGGCGCGACGUAGAAUGUUGGCGGAAGAACAUGCAAAAUUAGUUAACAACUACGCUAAGUGUACUAGGUUAGGAGAUGUACCUCGUACACUUGUGCCUAUGAUCAGUACUGCUGCUACUAUUAGUAGGAGAUCAAGAAAUGGUGUUGGUGCUGUUUCCUCUGUUCCUGUUUUGACUAUUAAGAAAGAUGAAGAAAAAGGUUCCCAAAUUGUUGUUCCUUCACUACUCUCUUCAGAUAACAGUACAUUCCAGGUUGUUGUGAUGAGAGUAUCUCUUCAUUGUCAAGGCUGUGCUGGUAAAGUGAAGAAACAUCUCUCCAAAAUGGAAGGGGUGACAUCAUUCAGCAUAGACUUGGAUAGCAAAAGGGUAACUGUGAUGGGACACGUGUCACCUGUUGGUGUAUUGGAAAGCAUAUCGAAAGUGAAAAGAGCUGAAUUUUGGCCCUGAAUAGUUGUUGAAGAAGAAGAGGAGGAGAAGAACUGCAUACCUAAAAGUGGCCAAACAAUGUUGUUUGAUUUGAUCAUUGCAUAAGCAGGAGAAAAAGACUUGUUAAUGUGUUUAAAAGAAGUAGCCAAAAAGAAACCUCAAAAGUAUUUUUGUAUUUAAUUUCUAUUUAGGUAGACUGUUUAAAUCUUAUGGUCCCCUCAUUGAAAAGGUCAAGGUGUGGAAAAUUGUUAAAAUGCCAUCAUGUGAACAAUGCCAGUAUUGAUGCUGAUAUCUUUGGCCUAUAUAAAACUUGAGCCAGCUUUUUUAA